AUGGCGCCGACCACGCAUGAAGAUGUGUCGGGAUCUAAGUCAAGGGUAGGGCGGGGGCGUAUCCCGGUGUCCGACCGUUCUGCGGAGGCCCAACCGGAAGCUGCGCCGUCAUCGCAGCGAGGGGCGUCGACAACACAGGAUGAGGUGUCGGGAUCUAGGUCGAGGGCAGGGCGGCGGCGGCGGCGGCGUAUCACGGUAUCAGACGAGUCUGCGGAGGCCCAACCAGAAGGUGCGCCGUCAUCGCAGCGAGGCAAGAGGAAAGCCUCCCCGGAGCCGUCGUCCGCAGCAUCGCAGGGACGCAGGAGGCAGAAGAGAACCGCCAAGAAGCGGAAGAGAACUGACGAGAAGAAAGCCGCUAGCAGCAAGGACGAGGAGGCCGCGGCGACGACCUCAGCUUCACCAGGCGCAUCGCAUGCCUCCUCCUCCUCCGAGGCUUCCUCUGCGGCCAGCUCUCCUCUGCGUUGCCCUCUUCCCCCCGCCCCCGCCAUGGGCGCAGGACGUAACUACGACCCUGCGAUGGAGCCUGCCUGCGAAGCCUAUAUGGAAUUGAGUUCCAAGUACCAUGCGAAAAGAAAGCGCCAACUUCAACUUGUAACACUUGAUCGCUCCAAGGCUUCUUCAUGUAUGGUAAAUGAGAAAUUGCAGAGUGUUCGUGAGUCUGCAACAAAAACAGUUCUUCAAGUAGCUAAAGUUGUUCUUGGCUUUUCGUCCUAUGUCGAUGGUAAACUGAUGGCACGAUCAUCGGGCUUUCUAAUUGAUUGGGAUGAGAGGAGUAAAGCAGGCACAGUUUUGACAUCUGCCCGCAUAAUCUGUUCAAAGUAUUCAGCCCUAAGCCAGUGGUCAGGUACAGAUGAGUAUGCACCUAAUGCUGAGAUUGUUGCUCAUUUAUUGGAUGAAGAUGAUGCUACUGUACCAGCAAUAUUGCUUCAUUAUGACAAGCACGUCAACAUUGCUUUGAUUAAGGUUGAGAUAGAAUUAUGUGCUAAGAUUCCUAGCUUCAGUGGUGACGUGAUCUAUGGUCAAGAGAUAUUUGUGCUUGGUAGAGAUGAACAUCAAAAUUUGACUAUUCAUCAUGGACGUGUUCAAUUUAUGGGCCCAAAUAAAUUUCAACGCCAUCAUUAUCUCUUCAGUGGUUGUGUGAUUAAUCAGCCUAGCAUUGGAGGACCUGUUAUUGACUUGAAUGGACAAGUUUGGGGGCUGGCUAAUUUUCCAGGAACGGCAUUUAUUCCUUCCUCUAUUAUAUUGAAGUGCUUGGAUAUGUGGAAGAAAUAUCAGUGUAUCCCUCGGCUGCAUAUUGGGAUGAAGCUUUCACCCAUUAAAUUUCUUGAUCCAAUUCAUGUGGAUAGGAUCUUUCGUAGGUGUAAUGUCGAUUCGGGUCUAAUAGUUCAUGAGGUGUCUCAUGGAUCAGUUGCUGACGAACUAGGAGUUAGACCCGGUGAUAUCAUUGACUCCGUGAAUGGAGAGCACAAUGCUACCACAAUUGAGUUGGAGAACUUACUUAUGAGAAUAUGUGAGAGUCAUCUUGACGAAGGAGGAGUCAUCGGUUCCUGUGUGGACAUACCAGUUGGUAUAUUGCACGUGCGGAAAGGUCGCAAAGAUCCGAGGCGCAGAUGCACUUUAAGUCUGAGAUUAAAUGUAGCAGAAGGCGUAGGCGUUCACAAGUGGUACUUUAACUGUCGAAGUAUGAGAUACUUGUCAGUGCAAGAGAGUGCGCCUAGUUGA